AUGACUGAGCUAAAAAAUGAGCAAACAAAGGCUUACAAAGGAAUCAGAUGGCAAGUACAGUUUUUCUUCAUCUUUUCCUUAUUUUCAUGUUUUUGUCAUUUAGUGUCUGGUGAGCUUUAUUAUUCCAUUUUUGAAGAAAUUAAAAAAGAUUUUAUAAUAGGAAAUAUAGCAAAAGAUAUUGGAUUAGAUGUUAAAGAGCUCCCAAUACGAAAUUUGCGUAUCGUUUCACGAAUUUCAGAGAAAUAUUUCUAUGUAAAUUUUGAAAAUGGUAACUUAUAUGCCAAAGACAGAAUAGACAGAGAGACUCUGUGUGGAGCAGCUGAUUCCUGCUUCUUGACAUUUGAUGCAGUUCUUGCUAAUCCAUUAAAUGUUUUCAGUGUGAAGAUUGAAAUACAAGAUAUAAAUGACAAUGCACCAAUUUUUUUCCAUGAUAUAAUAACAUUAGAAAUUAUUGAAUUAACUUUACCAGGAGCAAGGUUUGUUUUACAGAAUGCUGAAGAUCCAGAUAUUGGUAUUAAUUCUGUUCAGACAUAUAAGCUAAAUGAUAAUCAGUAUUUUAUACUGAGUGAAAGGAUAAGCAGUGAUGGCAGCAAAACUCCUGAACUUGUGCUGGAGAAACCUUUAGAUUGUGAGACACAAAAUGUUCAUGAAUUAAUAUUAACAGCCUUAGAUGGAGGAAAUCCAGUACAAACUGGCACUGCUUUGAUUAAGGUUGUUGUUAAUGAUGUUAAUGAUAAUGCGCCUAUAUUUACACAAGAGGUAUAUAAAGUGAUUAUUAGUGAAAAUAUGCAAAUCAACUCUACUGUACUUUGUGUAACUGCAAGUGAUAAGGAUGAAGGUUCUAAUGGGGAAAUCGCAUAUUCAUUUAGAAAAACUGCAAUGAAUAUUCUAAAUAUGGACAUGUUCAGUAUUAAUUAUGCAAAUGGAGAAAUUAAUAGUAAAAGAAACUUUGAUUUUGAGUUGACAAAACAGUAUGAGCUAUCCAUACAGGCAAAAGAUGGUGGUGGUCUAGUUGCUCAUUCAAAGGUAUUGAUAGAAAUAACUGAUGAAAAUGACAAUGCACCCGAGAUAUCAGUUACAUCAUUAACCAGUCCAAUACAAGAGGAUUCAUUGCCAGGCACAGUGGUAUCACUAAUUGAAGUCCAUGAUCAAGACUCAGGGGAAAAUGGAGAAGCUGACUGUCAUGUAAUUGAAAAUGUACCAUUUGAGUUAAUAAUAUCAUCAGGAUCUGGUAGCUAUUACAGAAUGGUUACAAGUGGUUUUAUUGACAGAGAAAGCAAAUCAAGUUAUAACAUUACACUUCUUGCAACUGACAAAGGAUCCCCUCCACUUUCUAGGAGAAAAAUCAUCAGAUUGGAUAUAUCUGAUGUUAAUGACAAUCCACCAGUAUUUUCAAAAUCAAAUUAUGUUGUUUAUGUACCAGAAAAUAAUUUACCAGGGGCCUCAAUAUAUAAUAUACAUGCUUCAGAUCUCGAUUCUGACAAUAAUGCUAAAGUUGUAUAUUUAAUAUUAAGCACACAUACAGAUGGAAUUUCUGUAUCAUCUUAUUUUUCCAUAAAUUUUGAUACUGGGGUUCUUUAUGCACAGCGAUCAUUUGAUUAUGAGCAGAAUAAGGAAUUUCACAUUCAAAUAAUAGCGAAAGAUAAUGGAUUCCCAUCUCUGAACAGUACCACAACAGUAAGUGUCCUUAUAGUUGAUCAAAAUGAUCAUGCACCAAACAUUUUAUAUCCAACACCAGAAAGUGAUGGUUCAAAUAUUUUUGAGAUGGUCCCAUUUGCCUCUGAAGAGGGUUCCUUAAUAACAAAGGUGAUUGCAGUGGAUGCAGACUCAGGACAUAAUUCUUGGCUGUCUUAUCAUUUUAUACACGAAGGUGAUCAGUCUUAUUUUAGUAUUAAUCAGUACACAGGGGAAAUAAGAACAUCACGUGUCUUUCAAGAAAAGGAUAAUUUAAAACAAAAAAUUGUGGUUAUGGUCAAGGACAAUGGAAAUCCAUCCUUAUCAGCAACAAUCACAGUAAACUUAAUUGUCGCAGAUAACUUUUAUCCGGUGCUUCCCAACCUUAUCAACCAAGUGACUGAUAAUGAAACAAAGUCUAAUUUGCAAUUGUAUUUAGUUAUAGCUCUAGCUGUAAUCUCUUUUUUAUUUUUAUUUACUGUUAUUUUGGCAAUCAUAUCAAAAUACAGAAGAGAAAGACCUUCCACUUCCUUUGGGUCUUUAGGUACAAAUUUGUAUUCACAAAAUUUGUAUUCACAUGUUGAUCCCCAAAUUCUUUCAAACUUUAAUAAUGGAACCUUGACACUACCCUAUUCAUAUAAUGUCUGUGUGGCCCUGGAUUCAAGUGGAAGUGACUUUAAAUUUAUGAAGCCUGAGCAAAAUGUUCCAACUGACAAUCUCAUUGAUGCUGAUGAUGGAAUUAGAAAUGAAAAUCCAAGAGAAUCAUUGCCUCCUAACAGCAUUAUUCAGGUGAGUUAG